GGAAGUAGUUUGCGGGAACUAUGAAAAAUGGGACAUGGUUAAAAACAACAAACGGAAAAAGAAACGAAGAAAUAAAUCUGAUGAAAGUGAUUCGGAUAGAUGCUCAGCCCUAGAGGAAACGGUGACAGUGGAAUACAAGAAAGUAUUCAACUAGUUCCAUACUCCAUUCCAGUCGGUGGCGGUAAUGCACCUAUAAGUCUGGUUGCCAACCGCCAGUAAAACCCAAAGAAGAAGAAGAAGAAGAAGAAGUUCUCAACAUGGCGGCGACGGGGAACGAAGAGCAGACGCUGUUGCCAGAUAUCGAAGAGGAGGCUGAGGGCAUGGAGCGAGAGAUGGAGUCCGAGGAUGACGAGGAGGAAGGCAUGGGAGUCGAGCAUUCCGAGGAGGAGGAUGAAGAGGACACGUCCGAGGACGAGCGGGAGAAUGAAGCCGAGAUCCAGCGGCUGGAGGAGCAGCUGUCAAUCAAUGCAUUUGAUUACAACUGCCAUGUGGACCUGAUCAAACUCCUGCGGCAAGAAGGAAAACUUCACAGACUACGCAAAGCCAGACAGAAGAUGAGUGAACUCUUUCCUCUCACUGAAGAGAUUUGGCUGGACUGGCUGAAGGAUGAAAUCCGCAUAACAGAAGAUGAAUCAGAUCGUGAGAAAGUCUACGAGCUGUUCGAGAGGGCUAUCAAGGACUAUGUCUGUCCAGAGAUCUGGCUGGAGUAUGUACAGUACUCCAUUGGUGGAAUGGGAGCACAGGGGGGCAUUGAACGGGUUCGGUCCAUCUUUGAGAGGGCUCUGACUGCUGUGGGUUUACACAUGACUAAAGGAGCUUCAAUCUGGGAGGCCUACAGAGAGUUUGAGAUUGUGAUUCUCUCCACAGUCCAGCCUCCUCCUGGCACUGUUCCAUCACAAGAGCAGCAGGAACUGUUGAGCGCACAGCUCGAGCGCAUACACACACUCUUCAGACGGCAGCUAGCUGUACCUCUAAUGGAUAUGGAGGGUACAUACGCAGAGUAUUCAGACUGGGCAGAUGAUGGCGUACCAGAGACAGUCACACACCAGUACAGACGUGCCCUGCAACAGAUGGAGAAAGGCAAACCGUAUGAGGAGGCCUUGCUGGUCUCUGAACCUCCAAAGCUGGCCGAGUAUCAAUCCUACAUAGAUUUCGAGAUAAAGGAAGGAGAUCCAGCCCGUGUCCAGAUCAUAUUUGAGCGAGCGCUGGCCGAGAACUGCCUCGUGCCAGAUCUCUGGAUCAAAUACACCACGUAUCUGGAUCGUCAAUUGAAAAUUAAAGAUCUAGUCUUAUCUGCUCAUGAGCGAGCUGUCCGGAACUGUCCUUGGACCAUGGGUCUAUGGAAGAGCUAUCUUUUGGCUCUUGAGAGGCAUGGGGCUGACCAUCAGACAGUGAAAGACGUGUUUGAAAAGGCUCUGAAUGCAGGAUUCAUCCAGGCAACUGACUAUGUAGAAAUCUGGCAAUCUUAUCUAGAUUACCUGAGGAGACGUGUUGACUUCAGUAAAGAGUGGAGCAGGGAGUUGGACGAGCUGCGGGCAGCUUUCUCGCGCUCCCUUGAAUACCUGAAACAGGACGUAGAAGAGAGGUUCAGUGAAAGUGGAGAUCUGUCCUGCACGCUAAUGCAGAUCUGGGCGAGGAUAGAGGCCUUACACUGCAAGAACAUGCAGAAGGCUCGAGAGCUGUGGGAUAGCAUCAUGACAAAGGGGAAUGCGAAGUACGCCAACAUGUGGCUGGAAUAUUACAACCUGGAAAGGUCUUAUGGAGAUGCUGCUCACUGCAGGAAGGCUCUUCACAGAGCAGUACAGUGUACAUCAGACUACCCUGAGCACGUGUGUGAUGUCCUGCUCAACUUUGAAAGAGUGGAAGGCUCUCUGGAAGACUGGGAUGCUGCAGUCCAAAAAACAGAGACCAAACUUAAUAGAGUCUGUGAGCAGAGAGCACGAGUGGCAGAAAAAGAGGCUCUUCACGCCAGACAAGAGGAGGAGAAGGCAGAGCAAAGGAGAAAAGUGAAGGCAGAUAAAAAAGCCCAGAAGAAAGGCCAGAAAGCAAACAGAACAGGGGAUAAACGGAAAGCUGAAGAUGACGAUGAGGAGGAAUGGGGAGAAGAAGCAGAGCUGCCGUCCAAGAGGCUCAGAGGAGAGGACGACUUUGACAGCACGGUCACGGAGGAGCUCAUGGAGACAGAAAGUGGACUUUUCGGCCGCCGAGCUCCACCAGCGCGUAAAACUGAGCCACCUGGUUUUCGAAAGAACCAGCAGGGAGCGCCUGAACCACAGCGACAACCCCACGACAUGCCAAAGGAGCAGCGCAAAGAUGAAAACUGUGUGUUUGUUAGUAACUUGACCUUUAAUAUGGAGGACCCUGAAGGCAAGCUGCGAACAUUGUUUCAGGGUUGUGGGACCAUACAGCAGGUGCGACCUGUGUUUACAGCAAAAGGUACAUUUAGAGGCUAUUGCUACGUGCAGUUUGAAGACCGACUGGCUGUACCUGAAGCACUGAAAAUGGACAGGCAGGAAGUGGACGGGCGGCCCAUGUAUGUGUCUCCUUGUGUGGACAAGAAUAAGAAUCCUGACUUCAAGGUUUUUAAGUACAAAACUUCAAUGGAAAAGCACAAGAUCUUCAUCUCGGGCCUGCCAUACUCCGCCACUAAAGAGACACUGGAGGAUCUCUGUAAAGAACACGGCACAAUCAGAGCCAUCCGGAUAGUCACCAACCGCUCUGGCAAAUCCAAGGGUUUGGCGUAUGUGGAGUUUGAAGAUGAAGCACAGGCCUCUCAGGCGGUGUUGAAGAUGGAUGGCACCAUGUUAGAGAACUUCACCCUCUCUGUUGCUAUUAGCAACCCCCCAGGCAGGAGGAUGAAAGACGAAGCAGCGCCGAGUCGAUUCCUGGGGGCAGCGAUGCCAAGGCAACUUCAGGGAGCGAGGGGUAAAGGACGCACUCAAAUCUCUCUGCUGCCACGCUCUCUGUACCGGCAGAGCACUCCAGAUGCCAAAGCAGAGAACGGCACCAUCUCUGCACCUCAUGCCACAGUGACAGACGGAGAAACCAGCCUGGACACGCAAACCAAGUCUCUUUCCAAUGAGGACUUUGCCAGGAUGCUCCUCAAGAAGUGAAACUGUAUGCAGAUAAACCCCCCUGCCUUCUGACAGAAAGCCAUGCUGUGUCCUUAUGAAGCCCGGCGGAGAAACAGCGUUUUAAUUUAGCCUACUUUCUGUAAAUAUGAGCCCAGCCCUCAAUAUAUAUAUAAUAUGACUAUUUUAACACCUCAUUCUUGGAGAUGCGAGCUGUGUUGUUUUCUUUAUUUAAUACGUAAUAAAGAAAGGGAUUUGAGGGGCAGAUUUCAGAUUUUGUCAGCGAGUAUUUUUUUAACAGGAUGUUAAUGCAAGGUAUAUGCAAGAACAUUUAAUAAGAAGAUACGUGUAUCAUAAACCGCUUCAUUUCUCAAUAGACCCAUUCCGGGGAAGCUGUCUUUCACCUCUACAAAAAAAUAAAGAUAUACCUUUUAUUUGACGUUUAUCGGAACUGCAUGUUGUAUAAAUAAUUUAUUUGCAGUACCACAUCCAUCUGAAACAGUCAUGCAUGUGUGGAUUCACAACUGUCUUCAUAACGGCUCUAAAUGAAGGCUUAUCGAUGAUCCAGCAUCACAUACGUUUGUGACCGAAGUUCACCUUUUGUGUUUCCGCAGCGCUUGAACUGAAAGCUGUGCACUCAUAUUUUAGCUUUUAGAUUUUGUAUUUUCUCAAAGCGCUGCCCUUUCGGUCUUUUAAUUGCAGACACAGCUUGUAAAACCUGCCUUACCUGGUGUGCUCAAGGGUCCGAAAGGGAUUGUUCACCUAAAAAUAAAAAUUCCCUCUGUUUAUUUGCCAACAAGUAGCUCCAAAUCUUCACAAGUUUCUCUUUUUGGUAAACACAGAAGCAGAUGGAUGCUGGAAAAUGGUAAAAGUAGUGAAAAGGUUUUUAAACUAUCUUCGUUUUCUUUUCACGUUUAAAAUGAUUUUGGAGAAUUUCCAAUUUUAGGAGAACUAUUCCUUGAAGGUUAAAGCUUGUGUUCCACAGCCUGAUUCAGCACAAGGAGUAAAGUUUUAGCUAAGUUAGUGUGUGUGUGUGUGUGUGUGUGUGUGUGUGUGUGUGUGUGUGUGUGUGUGUGUGUGUGUGUGUGUGUGUGUGUGUGUGUGUGUGUGUGUGUGUGUGGGCUGAGGAUCAGAGUUUCUGCUUUAGACCUUCCCCGAUGUUGAAGAAUCUAUGCAGCUGUAAAUCGCUCAAACUUUCCACUGCGAGUUCACCUGACUGAAUCCCAUCCUCUUCUGUAUUGUGUAUAUACACACGCACACACGACAUUUAUCAUCCAAAUGUUCUGGAUAUUAGUAUUAUUUACUGGUUUCGAUGAUGGACGUGUGCAUUUCAUCCACUAUUUGACGUUAAGCUGAUUCGUUUUGUUUAUUUUUGAUCGUGUUUUUUCACACCCCUCAAUGGUUGGCCAUAGUUUUGUAAAACAUUUGUAUAUUUUAAACUAAAAUUUAGAACAAAGUAGCUCUAUAUAUUUGCGUUUGAUCACCACAGUGGCCUAAAGUAGUGAUUGAGGAACAAAAAAAAGGAAUAAAAAUAAAACGUGCUGUUGCAAAUGUCUUGUUCAACAUUAAAAAAAAGGAGAGAGAAAACCUGGUAUAAGUGUGGUAAAUUGUGCACUUUUUCUUGAUUUAGUUUACUGUAUGGAUUAUUUUGAUUAUAGAUUGGUGAUUUUUCUUUAGCGCCGUAUUCGGUGUCAUCUUUAAGGCACAUUUAUAAUCAUUUCUAAUAAUGUUCUUGUAUUUCCUGUGUUGCUCAAUUUGUACGGUCAUGUUCUUUUCCCCCAUUUGUUUUAAGGCCUAAAUUGUUUAAGCAAUUAAAUGUAUGUGGUUGUCAAACACA